AGGCUCAGGAGGCUGCUGGCACAUAGGGCUUCUCUCUUCCUAUGAAUAAGCAAGAGGUUACAUAGACAGAUGCUUAAUGACAGUGAGCACUCUCCAGAAGGUAAGCAAUGGAUAGAACACUUAGUGACACACACAUCUCUCAGAGAAAGGCAGUACUCUUGGAAUAAAAUUCCUAUUCAGAGAAUUACAUAAUUCUACACCAUAUCUGAACAAUCCCUGGUUCCAGAUGGGCAAACAGGAAGCUGAGGGGGAGGCAUGACUUCUCCAAGUUCACACAGCCAUCUUCACAGGUCCUCCUGACUCAGGGGACUCUGAAUAACUCCCACGUCCUUACACCCAGAGUGUCCCCCAGGCUGGGAGACAGGAAUUCACACCUCAGGACAAUCUUUGUCACCAGCCUUCUCUCAACCAGUUCUCAGGAGGAAACAAAGAAGGAAUCUCCACCUCGGCUGAGGUUUCAGUUUCUAUGAGCAGGAAUUUGCCAGGCUUAGUUUCACUUUCCACUUUCAGUUUCUAAUCUUCAAUUGCAAGGACACAUCUGCAGAUUACAUCGUCUGUUCCUUAUAAAUCCCUGUCCUGGGGUUCCAAUUUAUGAGCAUAUCUACAGACAGACCUCCAGAUCUCUGAGAAGCCCACCAAACUGAAAACACUGCAGAACUGCAGGCUCCUUCACAGCAACCAUGAGUGAGAACACCGAUGAGAUCCAGGACAGGCUGUGGCAGUUGAGAUGUCACUUCACGUGGGAUCUGCAAUUUGAAGACAGUGAAAUACCGAAUUUAGAAAGCAGGAUCUUGGAACAGAUUGAGUUCCUAGACAUGAAAAACAAUGUGGGGAUUCACAACCUCCUGGCCUAUGUGAAGCAUGUGAAAGGCCAGGAUGAGAAAGCCCUGCAGAGCUUGAGAGAAGCUGAAGACUUGGUCCAGAGGGAGCACGCAGACCAGGCAGACCUGAGGAGCCUGGUGACCUGGGGCAACUGUGCCUGGGUGUAUCACCACAUGGGCAGAUUGGCAGAAGCCCAGACUUACCUGGACAAGGUGGAGGACACUUGCAAGAAGUUCGCAAGUCCCUCCCACUACAGACUGGAGUCUCCUGAGAUAGAAUGUGAGGAAGGAUGGGCCUUGCUGAAGUGUGGGGAAAAAAAUUAUGAGCGGGCCAAGGCCUGCUUUGAAAGGGCUCUGAGAGUGGAGCCUGAAAACCCUGAAUUCUAUGCGGGGUUUGCCAUCACUGUCUACCGCCUGAAUUACAAUAAUGUAAUUUCUCUUGGCCCCCUGAGAAAGGCUGUCCAGCUAAAUCCAGAUAAUACAUAUGUUAAGGUUCUCCUUGCGCUGAAGCUCCAGGAUAUAGGACAGGAAACUGAGGGAGAACACUACAUUGAGGAAGCUCUGAACAAUACCUCCUCCCAGACCUAUGUCUUUCGAUAUGCGAGCAAGUUUUACCGAAGAAAAGGCUGUGUGGAUAAAGCUAUUCAGUUCUUGGCAAAGGCCUUGCGGGCAACACCCAACUCUGCCUUCCUGCAUCACCAGAUGGGGCUUUGCUACAGGGCAAAACUGUUCCAAAUAAAGCAAGCUAAAAACAUGCAGGAUAGAGAACAUGUGGACAGAAUAGUAAGAUUAGUCAUAUUUCAUUUUGAAUUUGCUCUGCAACAAAAGCCCACAUUUGCUCUUGCUCUUCUGCACUUGGCACGUAUGUAUGUUGAAGCAAAGGAUUACAGAAAAGCUGAAGACAGCUAUCAAAAAUUGUUAGUGAUGGAAACAGAUGAGGAUCAAGUACUGGUAGAUGCACAUUUCUACUAUGGCCAAUUUCAGGAAUUUCAAAAGAAGUCUGAAGUUGAUGCAAUUAGGCAUUACUUAAAAGCAAUAAAAACAGAAAAAGAAUCACAUUCAAGGAAUCAAAGUAUGAAGUCUUUGGAGAAAUUGGCCUUAAAGAAACUUCAGAGAAAUGCAUUUGACCUGGAAGGCCUGAGCCUUGUUGGUUUUGUCUACAAAUUGAAAGGAAAAAUAAAUGAAGCCCUGGAUUACUAUGAGCGGGCCCUGAGCCUGGCUGCUGGUUCUGAGAAAACUGUGGGACAUGGUCCUUAGGCACUGAAUAUCAGCCACUUUCACAUUUUAUUCUCUUUUAGGUUAAUAGGUACUAUAAUCAUCUAUUCUGUUUGCUGCUUUCAGAAACAUUCUGUGUAAUUCAUUGUAAUGAUGUAAUUUUUAAACAAUUACUCAAAACCUAAUAUAACCUUAAACAGACUUAAAUUGUAUUUAGAAAAUGGUGAAACAGAAUAUUUGUGUGUGUGUGUGUGUGUGAGUGUGUGGUGUGUGUGUGUGUGGGGUGUGUGUGUGUGUGUGUGUGUGUGGUGUGUGUAUGUGUGUGAGGGGGGAGGGAGACAACAUUUGUGUGAAUGCUAUUUAGUAAAAUAAAAGUUUACCGAGCAGAUUGGUAGCAAGUAAAGACACUGAACUUGCAUACACAACAUGUUUAAUUAAUUCGUUUUAUCAACAAGUAGUUUAUAGUAAUAUAUACUGUAAAGGUAAAAUUUCUAAGCUGCAAAAGUCUGAGUUAAAGUGUAAAAGACCGGGCAUUGUAAGGUCUCUAAAUGGCAAGGCCUGGGCUAAAAAGUAAAGACUAGGUAUUGUUAAAAUUCUUCUGCUACCCUCGGAACCUGUAGUCUCUGUAGCUGUUAGGACAAUGCUGGAACUGCCCAGUAAAUAUCUCCAUUGAUUCCCUGGUUGUUUAAUAGCUAAGGGCUCCAGGUAACAUGGCACGUAAGCCUCUAGGCUCCAAAACCAAUCAGUUUAAAUUUGUACCCCGCUUAGAAAUGACCAAUCACCCCUGCCCAGGUUGUUUCUGCCAAUGUAUGUACUAAUCCUGACUCAGAGAUGUUGUUCAAUUUUCCC